GGUGUUAAGUUGGCCAACUGAUAAGCCUGAGAGAUUUAAUACCAAACGCGCCAUUGUGCUUCUUCUGCCUUCUGCCUUCUUCCACGCGGCACGCGAUCAAAAGUUGAUCAUGAACGCCAAGAAGGAGCCUAUCCAGUCGGUCCAGGUUUUCGGGCGCAAAAAAAGUGCCACUGCAGUUGCCUACUGCAAAUUGGGUAAUGGCCUGAUUAAGGUAAAUGGCCGACCUCUGGAGCUGGUCGAGCCACGAAUUCUGCAAUUCAAGCUGCAGGAGCCCAUCCUUCUUUUGGGAAAGGAUCGCUUUUCGAAUGUGGACAUCAGGGUCCGCGUGAAUGGAGGUGGUCACGUAGCACAGAUCUAUGCCAUCAGACAGGCAAUCUCGAAGGCUCUGGUUGCUUAUUACCAGAAGUAUGUCGAUGAGGCAUCGAAGAAAGAGAUCAAGGACAUCUUGAUCCAGUACGACAGGACGAUGUUGGUGGCAGAUCCCAGACGCUGCGAGCCCAAGAAGUUUGGCGGUCCUGGUGCUCGUGCCAGAUACCAGAAAUCGUACCGUUAACUUUAUUGUAUAUUCCAAUUAAAUAAUGAGCGAAUUGUUAUUCCAAUAAAUCUAAGCCCAUUUCAAAAUGAAUCUAAAUCAUACUGUUAUAAAUUAGAAACCUAUUAAAAUCAACGAUUUUUAAUAAUAAAUAAUACUAUGUAUGACCUGAUAAUUUAUUGUAUUUUAUUGUAUAUGACGAGAGCAAGAAUAAACAAAUAUAAUAUAU